UAGAGAGCAGCAAUGUCUUCAAGUCUUUCGGAUAUUAGUUUUGCUCGCCUUUCAUAUGCGACCUCUAUUACACAUAUAUGUACUACUUACUUAUGUAGACGUGGCGCUAUAGAGUAUAGGUUAAAUGUUUAUAGUUUAUGGUGGAUUGACAGUGUUUUGCAAUUUGUAGUUUAGUUAUCUUUGGAUGGCAGUAUUUUUAAGUUGCGUAGUGCCAAAGUCACUACAAAUAUGAGUGGUGCAUCACGAAAAGUGAAAAAUCCAUUAUUAUCAGCAGCUGGUGAAGGUUUCCCGUUUGAAAAUUACACUGAAAAUGCAUUUUUGGUUCCUGUUACGCCUGCAACACCUGCGAUGCUUCGCGAUGACGCUGAAUCGAACAACUUCGUAGAACAGGAGCCGGCCAAUUUGCACAAUUCAGAAACUUUAGCGACUGUACCCGAUACGGAUAGCGAAUUCACGCCGAUACCCUUGCAUUCCGAGGAGAACAGGAAUCCAACAACGAGCCAGCCAACGAAGCAGAGUUACCUGACUUCGAUCCUUUCCUCUUUGCCGAAUUUAUCUUUGUCGUCGAUCACAGGCGACGGGUCUUCCGGGUCUCAGCCGAGUCAAGGAGCGGAGAACGUAGCCGGUGUACAAAAUACGAAGCCUCAUGUGCCUUUGCACGACCGUCGUGACUCGUUCAGGGACACAUCACCGUCUGUAAUCGCCAAUUUUCACGAUUCUCGACGCGCAAAUUUUACGGGAUUCGCCGAGGUUAAUCCCGGAAGUGGUGGAAGCUUGCUGCCAGCCCCGCCUCAGUCGACGGUGCCGCCUACGCUUCCUUCGACGACGAACGGCCCCAUAUCGUACCGUUUGGGCAAUCAAAGACGCCUCAAGUACGCGCCACCGCCCGAUUUAACGUCGAACACAUCCAAACAGUAUUCCGCCCCCGUGACUCAACCCCUUCUCACACCCCAUAACCCGGUCCCAACACCGAAUAUAUUUAAUCCAAACGAGCCCGUUGGAACGAAUCCAACUUGCCAACCCGUCGAAACAUCGAUUUCCACGAAUUCACCCUCUCUACAACGCUCCACGCCCGAACACUUGUCCCAGGCCAACUCUUUGCAAGAGUCGUUUAGAUCUAGUCCCGUGGCGAUAGCUGGAGUCGCUCACAACUCGACAGGUACGUCGAGAAGCGUCACGCCUCAGAGUCAAAAUUCGAAUUUAGCUGUCCCGGCCACCUCGUCGGCCCAACCGAUUCCAGAACCACCGACCACGCCGCAGAACACUCCUGCAAACGUUAAUUAUUUCGGCUACGAUACUUACGGGGCCUUACAACCAGACUUCCCCUCGAGGACGGAGAAAGGAGCAGCGUCGGGGAGGAGUCGGGUAGAGGCGGCAUUGCCGAUUUCGAAAGAGGGCGUUGAGGCGAAACCUGGCGUAACCUUUGCCCCAGUGUCUGCGGUUCAAGUUACGGAAAAGUUGGAACACUUGCUCGCCGAGCGUGAACAAGACCCGUCUACUCUUCCCGGGGAAAGAUCAACAAAAAUCGAGGAUGCGACGGAGUGUCGGCCUAUCGCAAAUUAUGACGAUGUAAAAUUGGUCGAGGAACGGAACGAUUUAUCGAGGCCCGACGUAUCGAGCGACGUGUUUUUAGAAAGGAAGGAGGGCUCGGAGAUAACGCAUUCAACGAUAACUUGUCAAGAAGCGAGCGCACAACAACAAGGAAAGUUCGAUGGAACGCGGAGUCAUGGUGUAUCGUCGAACGUGCAAUCCGUGCAACAAUAUUAUCAACCGCAACUUUUCGCAUCGAGUGCCGGCUUUUUUGCGGGAGAGCGUCGGAGAUCGAAUCUGACUUACAUUCCCGAAGCCUCCACCAAUUACAUCGAUCCAUCGAAGAUCGUCGUCCAACCAGCGAGCUCGUUCUUCGACAAGCCAGAGAGCAACGCCUCGUUCCCUGUUUUCCAGUACAAAGAAAAUACCAAUGCCCCAUUAAUAGACGCGGCUACUUUGUCGAGAAAUAACGAUUCGCAACAACAAGUGCCAGCAGCGUGUAGCCCGAUCGAGCCCACAUUCGCCAAUCCUCAAGCAUCUCGAUCCCCGUGGGAUACGAAUCAGAUCUCUGAGACCGGGAUUACGACGUAUAACGCGGCUGCUCGAUCACCCCAACAACCUUUGUUCUACAAUCCCGCUCAAUUCCAAGACGAACUGCCGAAACAAAUACCGACGUACACGCCGCCACCAGUGACGAGUCAACAUUAUUUCGAUAAUUUUACCGCGCAAACGUGCGAUAUAACGAGCGGGAUUGGGAUUGAAUUUCCAACCGCGCCUUCUAUGACCGUACUCGAGCCAACUGGUUCGGCUACGUUAAAUCCUGUCCAGAUGUCAAUUAAUCCGUUGGGUGGACGAGCAGUUACGGACGGUGUGCCUCCAAGUUUUCAGAAUUUGGCCGCUGGCUCUUCGGAUAAACGGAUGCAGUACAGAAGAGUGUAUCACCAUUGGUUUUAUCGCAAAAAAGUGGAGCACAAAGUGUUAUGGGUUCCGUUCUCUAUGCAAGACAGUUUACGCCUAGAAGGGGUUCAUAAUUCCACAGAAAUUACCCCUGAAACGACAGUCGCCACCGAUGGAGGUCGUUACGACGUUGACAUUUUACGACGUCAGAGAUCACCCGUUUAUUGGAGCGGAGAAUCGACGGAAGUGAGGCGAUGCUCGUGGUUCUUCAAAGGACCCACUGAAUCGAGAUACGUUCCUUACGACGAGAACACCGCUUGUAAACUCGAGGAAGAGUAUAAACAAGCGUGUCUGCUCAACAAUUGGAAUCGAAGGAUCGAUCUGAACAAUGGGGAAUACAUUAUCUUCCACAGUGCCUCCGUUCAGGUCCACUACUUGACGGCUGCUUCACCGGAAUUGGCUGCGUCAUGGGGAAAUAGUGCGGGCUCAGAGGACAGUACAUAUUUACAGGGUGCUGGUAGUAGGCCUAGGGUGAUAAAAAGAGGUCUUGACGAGUUCCACAUCGAGGAUGGCGAGCCCGAAAAAGUAGAUCAUGUUCUGUUCCUCGUCCACGGCAUUGGUAGCGUCUGUGAUUUGAAAUUUCGAACUGUGGAAGAAGUCGUUGACGAAUUUCGAAGUAUUUCAUUGCAAUUGGUACAAUCUCAUUAUCGAACCGCUAGUGAGCAGAGAAUUGUAAAUAGGAUAGAAGUUUUGCCAAUCUCGUGGCAUACAACGCUCCAUUCCGACACUGGAAUCGAUAAGAAACUACAAGCUAUCACCUUGGAUAGUAUAUCGAAAUUACGACACUUCACCAACGACACGUUGCUCGACAUACUUUUUUAUACCAGUCCUGUAUAUUGUCAAACUAUUAUUACAACGGUUGGAAAUGAACUGAACAGGCUAUAUGCUCUUUUCAAGAAACGAAAUCCAGAUUUCGACGGUGGAAUUUAUCUUGGCGGCCAUUCUUUGGGUAGUUUAAUUUUGUUUGAUCUUCUGUGUCAUCAGAAACCAUUGUCGGAUGAUAAAUCGAAUGAAAAUGAUAGCGAAUCUAACGAGGAACAGAAACAAGAGGAUGUCGACUCUUCUCAAUUACCCAAUAGUGUCUUAAAACGACGUCUCAGUAAAAAAAUAAGCUACGUAGUAGGCGCUGCUGGGACUGGUCAGCCUUACAUACAUUACACGCAAUUACAUUUUCACCCACGUGCCUUUUUCGCUUUCGGUAGCCCGAUUGGUAUGUUCGUGACAGUUCGAGGCAUCGAUAUGCUCGGAGAAGACUUUGCAUUGCCAACGUGCCCUGCUUUUUUCAAUAUCUUCCACCCCUUUGAUCCUGUAGCUUACAGGAUCGAGGCGCUCAUUAACCCAGAUGCUCCUAAAUAUCGACCAAUGUUGAUCCCUCAUCACAAAGGACGGAAAAGAAUGCAUUUAGGUAAAAUUAAAAGAACAAUGGCACGUGUCGGUGCGGAUCUGAAACAGAAGUUACUCGAUUCCGUGAGAAAUACAUGGAACUCUGUUUAUCAAUUGGCGCUGUUUCACAAACCGGAUAACGGUACGCUCGAGCGUGAAAUUGAUAAAGUUAUGGAAGAACAAUUGCAUCAAACCGUUCCGGAACGUCAAACUAGCGACGACGGCGGUGUUGAACUUAAAGUGGGCAAAUUGAAUAAUGGACGAAGAAUAGAUUACGUUCUUCAGGAAGCUCCGUUCGAAUACAUUAACGAGUAUAUUUUUGCUUUGACGAGUCACGUUUGUUAUUGGGAGUCCGAGGACACCAUGCUGUUGAUUUUAAAGGAAAUAUAUGGCUCGACUGGUAUUCAAACAGAUGCUCAACUUCCAACGUUAUCGUUGCAAGUGUGUCCCACGCCAAAUUCUUCUACAGUGUAUGAGACAGAUGAACUAUUACAUAAUCCUGUUAUAGGAAUAGAUCCUACCGCACCUAUAUCCGAGAAACUUGUUGGUCCACCGCCUAAAAGCGGAUUUGUUAAGAAAUCAUGAUCGAAAUGGAAUCGUUUUAACUUCCUUGAAAAGUUUCACGACAAUGAAGGACAAGAUAUUGUUAAGAAUCAUAUAAUCGCUGCCGAUCAGGUUGAUGCGGGCAUUGUACCUGAUGUUAACGCGAGUUACAAAUUUUAAUUAUUGAAAAACAAAUUUUCUUGUUUUCUGUAAGAGUUGCAUCCGAGGUGUUAUCGAAUCUAUCGUAACAUUCUAAACUAUUACCCAAGUGGAUUGUUUCUUCGUUUCUUCUCAAAUUCACCAUUUAGAUACGUCGGCCUACGCAACAACGUUCAAGCACUGAAAAAGUAAUUAAAAAUAUUAUUUAAUAAGAAGAAAAAAAUAAUAAUUAAAAUAAAUUGUAACGAUUUAAUCCUUAGAUGUGAUAUAAAAAUUAAUACAAAGUCGAGCUAUUGAUAUUCGCAAUAUCGUCAUUUCGGCAAGUUAAAAAACGUUAUAACAUUCAUUAAAAAUCUAGGGACAUUGAUAUUGGACAGGCGAACGAAAGUGAGACUUUGUAAUACAAAAAAA